GGAACCAGCCAUUGGAUGGGGCACGGACAGUUCUCUCCACCCAUCCGUGCGUGGGAGGGAAUGCUACGCAUGACUCCGUAGCAAGUUUCCUCUUCUCACCACGACUUGUCGCAGAUGCCGGCUGCAGAGAGCCGCUCUCCGGGCAUCCAUGGAUGUGCUUUGGUGCCUGCUGCUCGCCCUCCUCCUCCUCCACCGAGCAGCAUGUGCCAGUGACCAGGUAGAAAUGGUGGGGGCCGUGGGCAGGUCCAUCACCUUCUUCCUCCAGAGCAUGGACACCUCCACAGCCUGGAGCUUUCACAGUGAAGUCAUAGUGACUGUGAAAUUCGGCAAUCCUCCCGAAGUCACGUUUUUUGACGACAACUACAAGUCGCGCUUGGCCUUCCCCGAGAAUGGCAGCGCCCUCACCAUCUCCCAGCUGAGGCUGGACGAUGCUGGGACCUACACCGCGAAGCGCAACACUGCAAAAACCUCCUUCGCCUUACGUGUGUACAGGGAGCUGGCGGUGCCGACGGUAACCUGCGUGGCACAGAACUGCUCGGCCAACGGCUGCCGCUACACCCUGCGCUGCACCGCGUCGGGCUCCGGCUCUGGCAACGUCUCCUACGGCUGGAGCGUGGGGGUGUCGCCGCUGAGUGAGGGGCCCACGGUGCUGGUGGAGGAGUCAGCCCUGGAGGAGCUGCCGCUCACGUGCGUGGCACGAAACCCCGUCAGCAGCCGCAACGCCACGGUCAUCUCACCCGCUGCCCUCUGCACAGAAAACACAACCCGCCCUCCUACCACCGGCGCCUACUCCGGCAGCCAGGCUGGAAUCGUGGCCGCAUGCGUGGCGGGAGCCGUGGUGCUCGUGGCAGCGCUUGUUUUCUUGAUCUACUGUAAAUGCAAAGGCUGGAGCGUCUUCCGUUUGCCCGCAGCUGAGGCCAUGAGCACAGAGCCCGGAGCAGAGUACAUGACGGUGUACGCCCAAGUCGGCCCCUACCAGCAGAGUUUCUCCAGCGCAGAGCUACACAGCCCAAAGAAGAUGCUGUCCACCAAUGAGGAGACCUCCCAAACCGUCUACUCCACCAUCCAGGCUACGGCCCAGACGGACGAUGAGAAGAUGGGCAAGGGCGCGCCAGGGUGCCAGGAGCAGGCUGAGGAAACCGUCUACUCCUCGGUGGGGAAGCCGGAAUGCCUGGAAGAGCCCCGGCACGGCUCCGCUGCGCCCAUGAACCUGCUCUGAGCGUGGUGCUCCUCUCCGCCCGGCUCAGCGUCCCCCCGCUUCCCUCCUGUCGCUGCUGCCUCUGAUGCCAGCCGCGGUGCCCGGCCAUCCAUCUGCAAACGCCGUGGAGACGGGAGGAAUAAGUGCCCUGGAAGCUCCGGCUCGCCUGGCACAGGAGCUUUGCCUGGGUUUGGGGAUCCACGUGGGGUUUGGGCUCCUUUUUCUGCCCUCUCUGAGCAGACCGAGGGACAUGGACCAAAACGGUGGCUGCGAACCCAGCGCAAGGACGUGAGCUGAUGCUCCUGGGAUUCACCCGGCAGCCCCCACAGUGCGGAGCCGUGGGAUUAGAGGAUGGGAAAACUUGAGGAGCCUCUUAAAGCCCUUUUUAAUAUUUCUUUUUUUAACUUUUUUUUCCUUUUGGCUGUACUUUUAAACUUGGCAAACACUUCGUUGGGUUGCUAAACCCCAAGAGAAAGCAAAAAUAACACUUGGUGGCUGAAAGACGGAUCUGGAACCACAGGUGCCUUUGCCCAAGCCCACCCCCCAGGCGGUUGCGGUUUCGGUGGAGGCUCCUUCCUCAGCGCUCGCAGCUCCUGGGCCUCACGGGGACCUUCCAAACCCCACAGCACCCUGCUCAGCACCGUUUUGUGCUGUGAAUGAGCUGCCUGCAGUCCCCUGAGGUGCUGCAGGAUGGUGCCGGGGUCCAUGGGCAGGAGGUGGUGGCCCAGGCUUGGAACACCAAGCUGUGUUGGCACGCUGGAGGGAAGGGAUGCCAUCCAGAGGGACCUGGGCUGGCUGGAGAGGUGGGUCCAUGCCAACCUCAUGAGGUUCAACCAGGCCAAGUGCAAGGUCCUGCACCUGGGUCACGGCAAUCCCAGCACAAACACAGGUUGGGUGGAGAAUGGCUGGAGAGCAGCCCUGAGGAGAAGGACCUGGGGGCGCUGCUGGAUGAGAAGCUCAACAGCAACGUGCGCUGGCAGCCCAGAACCCCCCGCAGCCUGGUCUGCCUCAAAAGAAGCGUGGGCAGGGGAGCGAGGGGGGGGAUUCUGCCCCUCUGCUCCGCUCUGUGAGACCCCACCUGGAGCCCUGCGUCCAGCCCUGGAGCCCUCAGCACAAGAAGGACACGGAGCUGUCGGAGCGGGGCCGGAGGAGGCCCCGGAGAUGCUGGGAGGGCUGGAGCCCCUCUGCUGUGGGGACAGGCUGAGAGAGCUGGAGGGGUUCAGCCUGGAGAAGAGAAGGCUCCGCGGAGACCUUGGAGCCCCUUCCAGUCCC